GUCGUCAGCGGCACAUGGGUGAACGACUGCUUCGUGUAUGUCUCGCAAGCGCAGAGGCUGAUCUGCCUCGUGGCUGGCUCUCAGGAGACGAUCGCGCACCUGGACAGGACGAUGUACAUGCUCGGCUACCUCCCCGACCAGUCGAAGCUGUACCUCAUCGAUAAGGAGUGC